CUUGUUUCCUUUGACAUUCUACCUCUGCAACAAAACAAAACAAAUCGUAAAGAACAUGACAACUAUACAGACAGACCCACCACCUUAUUUGAUCAAUUUUCAUUUCUUAAUAAUUAUUGCCUUUAUUUUAACCUCCGGAAGCCUGACUUCCCAGCAUUAACUCUGCCGACGCCUUCUCUCUUUGAUGGGUUUUCUCUAAGGUAUUUGUUAAUUUGUAGAGUUUUAUGACCCUAGUUGUCAUGGAUGGAAUCAUUGAAGAAAGGGUGAGUAAUGAAGUGAGUCAGAAUGGGGAUUUCAUUGCUGCUAAGGAAAAAUUAGGGGAGAAAGAUCCUCAGAAUGGUGAUCUGCCUCCCCAGAGUCUCCAGAAUGGAGUCUCAGGUGCUGGAGUUGAUGGAGCAGUAGAGACCUCCAUUGAGCAACUCUAUGAGAAUGUAUGUGAAAUGCAAAGUUCUGAUCGAUCACCAUCAAGGCAAAGUUUUGGAUCAGAUGGAGAAGAAUCCCGGAUUGAUUCGGAGUUAAGGCACCUUGUUGGAGGUGAGAUGAGGGAAGUGGAAAUUAUGGAAGAGGAUGAAGAGAUCAGGAGGCAAGAGCAUGAUGAUUCUCCUAAUAAUAGUUUCUCAGGUAAGGAAAGCUCACCUGAAAAUCUGGGAAACUGGCAAUCAGGAAGUAACAAGAAUGCUUCACUUCAGGUGAAGAAAACUAGCCACUCACCAAUGGACUCGGAUGUGUCAGCAAUCUCAAGUCCCAAGGGUACAUCUUUCUUUGGGAAGGCUUCGAAAGAAAAAAACAUGAAAAAAGGAAUAAAAGCGGGUGUGUCUGCAAGGAAACAGAUCAAUUCACCUUUGACAGCAUCUAAAUUACAGCAUGACACUGGCGAUUCGUCUGAACUUGGUUCUGACAAUCCUGAUCUUGGGCCAUACCUUCUCAAGCAAGCUAGGGAUUUGAUUUCUAAUGGUGACAAUCCUCAGAGGGCUCUUGAUUUAGCUCUUCGGGCUUCCAAGUCUUUUGAGAAAUAUGCCAAUGGCAAGCCCAGUCUAGAUGUGGUCAUGUCUUUGCAUGUAAUUGCAGCUAUAUACUGUAAGCUAGGGAAGUAUACUGAUGCAAUCCCAGUGUUAGAGCACUCAAUUGAGAUUCCAGUGGUUGAGGAUGGGCAAGAUCAUGCCCUUGCUAAAUUUGCAGGUUUUAUGCAACUGGGAGAUACUUAUGCCAUGUUAGGUCAGCAUGAAGAAUCAGUUAUGUGCUAUUCUUCUGGUUUAGAAAUCCAAAGAAAAGUAUUGGGAGACUCGGAUCCAAGGGUCGGUGAGACCUGUAGAUAUGUUGCUGAAGCUCAUGUUCAAGCACUUCAGUUCGAUGAAGCUGAAAAGCUCUGUCAAAUUGCUCUAGAUAUCCACAGAGAGAGUGGCUCCCCUGCUUCCCCUGAGGAGAUAGCCGAUAGAAGACUCAUGGGACUAAUUUAUGAAUCAAAAGGAGACCAUGAAGGUGCACUUGAACAUCUUGUUUUGGCCAGCAUGGCCAUGGCGGCCAGUGAGCAGGAUGUAGAGGUUGCAUCAAUUGAUUGCAGCAUUGGGGACACAUAUUUAUCUCUGAAUCGCUAUGAUGAAGCUAUCUCUUCUUAUCAGAAAGCACUUGCAGCUCUCAAGUCAACAAAAGGGGAAAAUCAUCCGGCGGUGGCUGCAGUUUUUGUGCGUCUGGCUGAUCUGUAUAACAAGACUGGAAAAUUCAAGGAGUCCAGAUCUUAUUGUGAAAAUGCCCUUCGAAUUUUCGGGAAGUCUACACCUGGUAUUGCUCCAGAGGAGAUUGCCGGUGGUCUUACUGAUAUAUCUGCUAUUUAUGAGUCAAUGAACGAGCUUGAGCAGGCCCUUAAAUUGCUGCAGAAGGCAUUAAAGAUAUAUGAUAAUGCCCCUGGUCAGCAGAGUACAAUAGCAGGAAUUGAGGCUCAAAUGGGAGUUUUAUAUUAUAUGUUAGGAAAUUAUCUGGAAUCAUAUAAUUCCUUUAAAAAUGUCAUAAUGAAGCUCCGUUCUGGUGGAAAUAAGUCGGCCUUUUUUGGGAUUGCUCUUAACCAAAUGGGACUUGCUUGUGUACAGCGUUAUCAAAUCAGUGAAGCUUUGGAAUUGUUUGAAGAAGCUAGGACAAUAUUGGAGAAAGAAUGUGGACCAUAUCACCCUGAUACGCUUGGAGUGUAUAGCAAUCUUGCAGGAACUUAUGAUGCUGUUGGCAGGUAUCCGUUUUACUACUUUUGAAUCAUGAAACCUUUAACUUUUUAUAGACAAGUUAAUGCUUAAUGCUGAAAAUUUCAUAUGCACUACGUUAUUGUCUUUUUUGCUAGUCUCUUAUUUAUCACCGUCUUUUGCUAGUCUUUCAAUUAUCAUUGUCUUUGGGGACUUUCAUGAUUUUGAGUGGAUUAGAAUCUAUUAUGUGGUUUGACACCUAGCCAUUGCAUGAACUCUUCAGAAAUUGACUUGCUAGACAUACGUGCACACACAAAACACACCCACGGGCGCACACACACACAGUCACAUACAGACAGGCACACACCCAUGCUAUCACACACUUGGGGCACACACCCUCGCUAUCAUACACUUGAGGCACAUUGAUUUACAGGAAUGAUGGUGAAUUUUCCUUGGCGGGUGAACCCAGUAAAGGGUAAAUCUGAGAAUGUAUUUUUCUCACCACAUCGUCAUAAUAAUAGCUCUGUUUCUAGUAUUAUUAUAAGUUUGGAAACAGGCUAUUACAAUGGACGGAGGAAGAAUGUUGCAAGAUAAAGGUUGCUGUCUGAGAUUCGAUGUAUUCGAAGCAGAUUGAAAAUUGGAUCAAUUUCAUUUUGGAACUAUGUUGAGAACUGAACCUUCUGAAUGGAAAUGCAUGCAUAUAGUGUUUUGUUUGUGAUUUGCUGAUAGUCUGAUAUCUGUAUUUAGGUUGGAAGAUGCAAUCGACAUCUUGGAGUUUGUUGUGGGAAUGAGAGAAGAAAAGCUUGGGACAGCAAAUCCUGAUGUAGAUGAUGAAAAGAAGAGGUUGGCUGAACUUUUAAAAGAGGCUGGUAGAACCCGGAACAGAAAUGCCCGGUCACUGGAGAAUCUCCUCGACUCCAGCAAUAAUACAAAUACUGUAAACAAUGAUGGGAUUAAGGUAUGACAGAAUUGGUUGUACAGUGGCUUACGAGUAUAAAAUUCAUACAAAUCAAUAAGGAGGGUGAAGGUAUUAAUGUUUAUAGGAAACGAAGAUUGUUCUGUAAGCAAGAUGAGGAUGCAGUACAGUACUGAUUCUUUUUUUUUUUUUACUCCUUUAUUGGUUAGGGUGGUUAGCUUCUAUAUUUAAGUUGUAAUUUAUGAUAUGCAUCUGCCUGUAUAAAAAGUUUUUGCUUUCAUUUGAACCCUGUCUGUAAUAUUACACCGAUUGUGUGACUUUAUCUCGAUUAACAUGAAACAGAAGUGUGUCGUCUAGUCAUUGAAACUAAACAGCAGCCAAGAUGGUUUGUGUUUCUUAAAUUCUCUGCAGCGCACGGGCCCGUUGUAUUGUAUUGUAUUGAAGACAAGAUGCUGUUUGUAGUUGUCUUCAUAUCCUUUGCCUUUUGUAGCUUUCUCACCUGGCAACUGACUGCACUUCACUUCACGCAUUGUAAUCUUCAUCAUCAUUUCAUCUGGCUCUUUUUCUUGAGAUUGGCC